AUGUCAGGUGUUCGUUCUCAAGGAGAUCCCGGUACAAACUCAAUUGUAUUAGCCUCAGAACAAUUUUAUAAUAAUUUGGAUAGGGAACAUGAGGAUUUAUCUAAUUAUAGUAAUCAUUGUGACAUCAAAACAUGGGGGAAAAAAAAUGAACAUCAAUUGAAAGAAAUAUGUAAAAAAUUUGUAAGAUAUUUAGAAACAUCAAUGGAAUUAAAUUUUGUAGAUCCUGCCUAUGAUGUUUGCAUUCUUUUAAAUUAUUGGUUAUAUGAUAAAUUAACUAAAAUUUUUCCAGGUGAAAAUAAUUCAGAAUAUAUUAGGAAAGCUUUUGGAAGUCUUCAGCUUGUAUGGCAUAAUUUGUAUUACUAUUCAGGAAAGUCUAAUCAUAAUAAAUGUAAUCCUAAUUUUAAAACUGUUAAUCACCAAGAUUGGGAUAAAAGAAAAAAAUUGUACGAUUAUUAUGUUGAUUAUGAUUACCUUUCUAAGAUGGCUAUAUUUCAUCAUGAUAAAUGUGAAUAUUAUAAAAAAAUUAAUGAAAUGUCUUCAUUAUAUGAAUAUUUUAAGGGAAAAUGUUUAACUGAAGAAUACAAUUGUCCACAUUUCUUUGAUAAAUUCCAAAUAGAAAGUCGUGAGUAUAAGCUAGAAAAUUUAGGAUGUCAGACACAAAUGGAACAAGAAAUAUCUGCUGAUGCAGCUAAGACAAGAGAUAGUCGUUCUUAUA